AUGAAGAAAGAAUUGAAACAACUGAAUCAUGCAGAAUUCAGGAAUAUAGGGGAGAAGAUGGAAUUCUAUAGGAAGAAGCUACAAGACAUACAAACACAAAGGGGCCAUCAAACUCAACUAGAUUUCCUGUUUGAAGAAGAGACAGAAGUGAAGAUGAAGCUAGAGAAAUGGAGCCUAGUGGAGGGAAGGAGUGCUGCUAGCCAACUGCCAGCAAUAGACCCUGAGGUAAUGAAACGUGGAAAAAUGCUUAAUAGACACCAACAAUUGCAGCUAGUGUCACAGGUUACUAAGGAAGAAGUAUUUCAAGCCCUUAUGAGUAUUGAUGAUCAUAAAGCUCUAGGAUGUGAUGGUUUCAAUGCACUCUUUUUCAAAAAAGCUUGGAGUGUGAUUGGAAACAAGGAUGCAGGUGAUGAUGGACAGUCUGGUGGACAAAAGUCAAUCAGCCUUUGUUCCAGGAAGAUUAAUCACAGACAAUAUCAUCUUGAGCAUGAAUUGGUGAAGGGCUAUGGCAGGAAAGGUAUCACCCCUAGAUGUAUGCUAAAAAUAGACGUGAGAAAGGCUUAUGACUCAAUAGAAUGGCCAUAUGUUGAGCAAGUCCUUCAAUGCCUCCAGUUCCCAGCAAAGUUUAUCAGAUGGAUUAUGUGCUGCAUCUCAACAGUAUCCUAUUCAGUUUUACUCAAUGGAGAGCCACUACCACCUUUUCCAGCUAAGAAAGGUCUAAGGCAAGGAAACCCUCUUUCCCCAUUCCUUUUUGUGCUUGCCAUGGAAUACCUUAGCAGAAGUUUGAAGGGUGUCUGUGAAGAUAAAAAGUUCAAAUUUCACCCUAGAUGCAAAAGGAUGCAGAUUAUUCAGCUUGGAUUUGCAGAUGAUCUCUUAUUAUUCUGCAAUGGAGAACUAGAGUCUAUCACUAUCCUGAUGCAGUGCUUCCAAAAGUUCUCACAAGUGUCUGGAUUGAGUGCCAAUACUGAGAAAAGCUCAGUGUACUUUGGUGGUGUCCCUCAGGAGAUCCAAUAA